GAUGUUUCUGCAGUAUGGGUGCUUGGACUUGGCUAUCUUGUUCUUUCCUGAGUGUUGCUGAGCUGGGUCUGUACUGACUGGCACGUUCUGUUACUGGUAUCUCAGUGCUGGUCUCUUUCUUUCAGAGUUUCCUGUAUAAGGCGCUAGGAACGUCCUUAGCAGUUUGUCAGGACCUGGUCCACGUUAAAUCACAGCUUCAUAAAUUUUUGACAGCAACAGAUUAUAUGGAAGCCCCUGAGAGACAGGGAAUCAUUUCCAUCCUCGCAUUCUCUGCUGAGAGCCACUUGGACCUCACCCUGAACGCACUUCAGGAGUUUGGGGCUGCAAUGAGCAAGGUUAAGAUUCCUGGGUUCAUCAGCCGCCUGAAGGACUACCACCAUGGGAGAAGAGGCAAGACUCGCAGCACCCUGAUGCUGACCUACAGCAGCGUGGCUGUCCAUGCUCCAAAAGAUCAGCUUCUCUCCCGAGUAGAGGCAGACAUCACAGGGAACAUCCUUCUCCAUUACAGAGCCAGUUGUCAGGUGCUGGGCAUCACUGUUGUGAACAAGGACAUGAACCUAAAAUUAACCCUCAUCCACAAUGUCAUGGAGAUUAGCUGUGCCAUCUUGGAGACCAGAGACUCCCAAGAGUUCGAAUUCUCAUUACAAACUGGAGCUCCUUGGCUACAUGCUGGACUUCAUUAAAAACGAACCACUGGAUUCCCUGGCAUCUCCAGUUUGCUACAAGGCAAUUCUUGCCAUUGGACAUCUGAGCAAACUCAAACCAUCUCUGACCAUGGAGGAAAACCGUGAGCUCCUUGAUCAGUGCUUCAAAAGUUUAUUUCCCCUUCCUCCCUUGGAGAUGAUGAAAGAGGAAGGCGAGACAGCAAAGGUUGCUCUGCAUAUACAAUCACCCUACGUGAGGUCCUUGGAAGCCCUUGGAAAGCUAAUGGAGACAUUGCUGGAGGAAGCACCAACCGCAGACUGGUUCCAGGAAAUGUUUGAAUUGCCCAGGAAACAGACCACAGCAGCAGACAUCAAACAGCAUGCAAUGUGCUAGACAGCUCCCAUCAGACAGUCUACAGCAGACAUCACAUACAUGGGCCCAGAUUCAUCUCUCAUGUGACUCCUUUGGCUUCAAUCGAGCUACAGUACACCAGAGGUGAAUCUGGUCCCUGGG